CAGGCUACACAUUCACUACACCUGCGCCGUUUGCAGACACGGACCUCACGAGCCCCUGUGUCUGUCCUGUCGUCUCUGGAGACAUCAUCGUUCUGACGGCUCCUUCCUGCCGGAGGGCUGGUAACAUCCCAACCAGGAGCAUCCCCCUUCAUCAUGGUGUUCCAUCUUUAAGUCAUCACGUUUUCCCAAGACUGAAUUCCUCUCCAAGACACUGGCAGGAUCUCGAUGGAGAGCUUCAUUGAGCUCUAGAGGCCGUGCUGAUGCUCCUGAUGCUUUAGUGAAGCAGUGAUGCUCGUGAAUAUCACAACAACAGAAGGCGGUCACCUGUAAUCUGCACUUGAAAGUUAUUGACGUGGAGUUACGAGUCAUGGCUACCCGAGUUGCGGCAUUCUGCAUCCUCCUGGGCAGCAUUGCAGUAAUCUGCACCGCCAGAUGCAGCAGGUCAAGACCUACAAAAGGGUGUGGAAGGACCAUGAGCGCAUAUCGUGGAACCAUCAAAUCACCAGGCUUUCCAAACCCAUAUCCCCCUGCGCUAACAGAAGACGACCAGGUCUGCCAAUGGAUGAUCAGCCUUCCCUACGGACAUGGUAUCAAGGUCUACCUGUACGACUAUGACUUCAACUUCGAACCGAACGACGUUUCCACGGUGUACGACGAAUUGCAAAUCUUUAGGGACAUAGCCUGCAGUGAAGCCGAUAGGGAAAGGACGUUUGUUGGCAACCUUAGUGCCACAUCGCUUAUUCACCUACCUAGCCACUGGGCAUGUAUCAAAUUCAUCAGGAGGACACUUCAAAACCUUCAACAUACUGGCUUCUCUCUGUCCUAUGAAGUUAUUGACGCGAACAGUGACUGCGGGGUAAACAAGACGACGAGGCUUCUCUCUGAAGAGGGCUACAUUUUCAGCCCAGGCUACUCCAUAUCCAGUUAUCCACAAGACCUAGAGUGCACGUGGUUGGUGGAGUCCCAGCCCGGCAGUACCAUUGCCGUCACUUUCCUGGACUUUCAGCUCAGCUACACCUAUAGCUGUGACUUCGCUGCAGACUACGUACAGAUCGGAAACUCUAAUACAUCGUAUGCCUUUAAAUACUGUGAUUCGGACUCGCCGCAGCCUUUUCAAACAAAAGAUAACCGACUAUGGGUAUUCUUCAAGUCCGGGCAAUGGAGACAUCGGGGAUUUUGGUUAUACUACAAAGGGUCCGGAGACUCAAUCGAUUCAGAUCGACCAAGUUCAGAUUACUGGAAAACAGGUUCCGUCAAAUUUGGAUGGAGCCGUGGUGACGAUACAGGCGGGACGUCAUUUGUAGGAUGGAGUAGGGACUCCAACAAAGUGGACCCCUUCAAAAAGUCAAAUGGAGGAAGAAUACAUCUGUCAUACCAGCUCAUACUAGCAGAGGUCAUCAUAGCUGCGACUUCAUUACUCACCAGACGAAACUGAAUUUCAAAACCUACAUCUCAUUACGUCAUGCAAAAAAGAACAAGCAAAAAGAUAAAUCUAAUUUGUUGCUUUGUGUGUCAUUUUUGGGAGUUUGAUAGAAAAUCGAAAACCAUCAGGACAGAAAUAUUAGUUGCUUUGCCGUAUUCAAGAGACGAACAACGGGCAGCAAAACGUCGAACUUACCAGUGCCUUAUAGCUAGAUCACCCUGCUGGGUAUCCUUUGGAUGCAGAAAGAUGGCAUCAAAAGGGGUACCGGUUUAAAACGGUAGUGACGUCGUCACAAUAUCUCCAUUUGGCAACUCUAUAAACUACUAUACUUUUUAACCUUCAAAAUAAAGUGUCCAAAACACGCUCUUCCAAGUAAACGUGUUAGUGGGACCCAUAUGGCUGCUCCAUCCCUCAGGUGAGAUAAGGUCACAGUCGAUCUUGUUAUGUCAUGGACAUGAUUUACUGCAAUUUCGCACAUAUAUCUUUCAGUGUUGCUGAUAGAAUAUGUAUCUAUCCUGUCAUAGAUUGUAAAAGUUAGGUGCAUCCGUCUAUUUAGUUGUACAUUUUAUAUCAAGAACACCAUGACAUACAGAUACACACUUUUUCACACAGACGAACGCACAGUCAUGAACGCACAUUCACACACACACACAUACGCGUGCAAGUGCACACAAACACACACACAUAACGUUAAGUGCCCAUAGACACACACAGAGAUACACACGCGCGUUCACACAAAAAAUACCUUAUGUAAGAAUUUUUUGGCAGUGAUGAAAUAUGUUUUAUGCAGAUAACUGGCCAGGCUGAAUGGACUACCAUCUUUGACCAUGUUCUUAUCGAGGUGACUGAAGACUACUUCAAAGCAUGAACAAUUUCCGUAGCUGUUUUACAAAGCCAUGUACAAAUGUACGAUGUGGCGUGGUACGAUCAAUACAUUUGAAAUGUACUUCACACGAAAGCCUGAAGGGUAUUUCUGAUUCACUGAGGUGUUACGUACGCGCACCUAGCCACAAGUACUCACUUGUGAUGAGUGUUAGGUAAUUAGGACUGUUCAUGGAGAUCACAGGGUAAAGGCAUCUUUCAUCAGAUUUCUUGUCCUUGCCAAAGUUGGUUUGGAUCGAUAUCCGGAUGAAAACUCUUGUAACAAAAUAGUUUUGUCCGCAAUGCCAUCGAUCAUUAAUUAACAUCGGAGGCAAACACAAUGAAUAGUACAGGUAGCGUACCAUAGAAAAGCAAGUAAAAAAGCAGAUUUAAGUUCAGAUGAUGCAUCAACAAAUAAAAUGCUAUGUAUGUAUGUA